CUGUACUUAUUUUUGUUUGUGUGUUCCUUUUCAAAGUUAUCAGGCGGAAGGCAUAUCAGGCAUAACCCAACAGAAAGGAAGUCGCAAUGACCCAUCUAAGGAAAUUGCUUUUCUUGCGCAAUUUGAGUAGUAUGCCUUGUCUAAAAUAUUUCACCCUGCCAGCCGGAUGCAGCCUUAGAGCAUGCUCGUCACGGAGUCAACAAUGUAUACCUAGCUUAAACCGGAAAACAAACGAUCAUAGUCGUCAAAAUGCUUUGUACGGUCAGCCGGUAGCUCUAACUCACCCGCACAUCAUCAAAGCCGGUGAAGUGCUGCCGGGUAUUCAGCUUGAAGAGGUAAAACUAAGACGACAUGCUUUGAUACAGGCCAUCAGAGCGUACUGCGCCGUGAACAUAGAUAAGAACAUAAAAAAUCACAUAAUCAUCAUCCCGGCAGCAAACAAAAAGUACAUGAGUGACAAAAUUCCCUACGUGUUUCGUCAAAACAGCGAUUUUCUGUAUCUUAGCGGAUGCCAGGAACCGGAAAGUGUGCUGGUUAUGGAAAUUGACAGCAGCACUAAACACAAAACGACAAUCUUUCUACGCCCCAAGGACAAACAUGCCGAAAUGUGGGAUGGAAGUAGAACCGGUGUUGAGCUGGCGCCAGAUGUUUUCGGUGUCGAACAAGCAAUGGAUAUUGGCGAACUGAUGGACUACUUGUGCAGGUACAGCUUUGCCUAUCCCAACGCCCUUGUGUGGUAUGGCAAAAACUGUUCCAAUCUAAGCAAUGUCUCACACGUCAUUAAAGAUAUGUUCAAUUGCGAGCCACGAUCACCAACGGAGUUGAUUCACCAACUGCGUGUAAUUAAAUCGGCUAGCGAAAUUAACCUCAUGAGAAAAAGCUGCGAAAUUGCCUCGCAAGCCAUUAACCGUACAAUGAAGCAGAGUUUUCCCGGCAUCAACGAGCACCAUAUUUUUGCCAGUGUCGACUACUACGCUCGCCUUGGCGGCGCUAACUUUCUCGCCUACCCACCUGUGGUGGCAGGUGGCACUAACGCAACGACCAUUCACUACAUUAACAACAAUCAAAUAAUAGAAAACGGGGAACUGGUGCUCCUGGACGCAGGUUGUGAGUACCAUGGGUAUACAAGCGAUAUCACGCGCACUUGGCCGGUCAAUGGGACGUUUUCCGAGCCGCAGCGGGUGCUGUACGAAGUGCUACAGCUCGUGCAAAGUGAGCUGUUGAGCUGCCUUCUAAGUACUGAGGGCGAAACGCUCGAUCGCCUGUUUGACACGAUGUGCACGAAGAUUGGGAAAUAUCUGCAGGAGAUCAAGCUCAUACCCGGCUCGCUCAGCGGCGUGGAAUUAUCACGCGCGGCUUAUAAAUUUUGCCCACACCACGCAUCGCACUACCUUGGCAUGGAUGUGCAUGAUACGCCGCUUAUAUCGCGCAAUAUUCAAUUGAAGCCUGGGAUGGUGUGCACGGUGGAGCCCGGUAUUUACAUCGCUAAGGACAGAACGGACGUUCCCGCCGAGUUCAAAGGGCUAGGGCUGAGAAUCGAGGACGAUGUGUUGAUUAAAUCGUGUAACGAAAUUGAAGUUCUCACUGCGCAGUGUGUGAAAGAUAGAAUUCUGCUAGAAAAUAUUCUUUCAAACACAGAUACGCAGGAAAAAGUAUAACGAUCACUUAUAAGGCUAAAAAUACGGCCUGGCCGUAAAUUCUAGAGUU